UUUUAGCCCGCCUGAGCAGAAACGAAAAGUAUCCUAGUGUGAAAGGAGGCUCCGAGACUGCACACGGACAGCCGCUGUCUGAUCUGGACUACACUUCCUGAGGGUACCAUGGCGACCACAAGAAUAGAAGCAGGAUUUUAUUUUCUUUAUUUUUCUUUUUUUCCCAUGCUGCUGUCUGCCUCAGGCUUGUAUCCCCAAGCAAAGAACGUCAUCUGGAAAUCCACCAAUUUUAAAACGGUUCUGGUCUGGGAACCCAAACCAUCAGCUAAUUACUCUUACACAGUGGAACUGUCUCCGGUUGGUGGGAACGCACAGAAAAUCCCUAACUGUAUCCAGUCGUCACAAACGAUGUGCGAUCUGUCCACCGCCAUGACUGACCCCAAAGCCUGCUAUGUAGCUGAUGUCCUAUCUCAGCCCCCACGGGGGGUGAUCCCUGAACUCUCCGAGUUUCCCCACAAAACCUCGCCAAAAUUCUGCCCAUAUAAUGACACUGAAAUCGACAGGCCUAAGUUCACGCUGGAGGUCAGUAAAGGCAAAGCCACCCUGAAUGUGACAGACUCACCCACUGCCAUCUUCAACGGUCAACACCUGCAGACUUUAAGGGACAUCUUCUCUGAGCAGCUGCACUAUAAAGUCACCUACUGGAAGAAUAGGAGCACUGGCAAAAAAACAUCCGACUCUCAAACAAGUAUGAUAGAGGUGACUGGUCUGGAUCAAGGGGAGAGCUACUGCUUCCAGGUCCAAGUCUACAUCCCCAGCCGCACUUAUGGCAAGCAGUUCGGAGACCUGAGUCACGCUCAGUGCUCAGAAGUCGAGAACCAGUCCAUCUUAGAUGUGUAUUCUCCUGCAGUGAUCAUUUCUGCCAUCAUCCUGAUCCUACUGCUCACCGGGAUCAUCAUCACCGUCACAGUGGUGUGCUGCAAAAGGAAGAAAAAAGCUCCAAAAGUUGACAAGAAGUGCGUAGUAUAAAGUAUGUGCUUCACUACACAUGCAUCUCUCGUGGUACGUUGAACUGGACGCAUGGACAUAUGUAGCUCAGCAUUCCUCAGCCAAACACUGGAAUUUGAUUUAGUUUCUGUGAAACAACCUUUUUAGAGGCACUGGGAACACGGGAAAGCACUGUUAAAGCUCUGCUACAGUAUGUACUUCUGAUACUGCAAAUACUGCAUUUCUUUUCCUGGUGAGUGGUACCUCUGACUACUAUAGUUAAAAUAUAACAGUUUAUUUCUUUUAUUUAAUUUUACAGUCUGCUGUGUAAAUGUAAAUCAUUCUUAUACUGUGGUGGGGAUUUUAUCUUGAAACACAUUUUUGUGGAAUCAAAAUGUAGGAUGUAUAUUUUUGUAUCUGAUGUAUUUAUUUUAUUCUGUUUAACUGAUAUUAAAGACAAUAAAUAUGUUACUUCAUACGUUUAUGCAUUUUACUGGUAACAGCAGAGCAUCUGUGGGCUUUGGUGAUCAUUAACAACACAACAACAACAUUCAGAGAUAAACGUUUUGCUGGACCCUGUAUAAGGUGAGCCGAUGCAGGAUGUAACCCAGCGGUUAGGUCAGACCAUCAGUUUAAUACAUUUGCUGCAACAGUUUUGGAUUUCUCAGCUCUGACGAUGUGGAGAUGUCACGUUUUUUAUUUACAAAUAAAACAAUGUUGUUAUCAACAUGAAUACAGAUAAUUUAUAAGCAAACACCUUCAUUAUGUGUUGAUUUACUCAGUACAUGUGUUUGUUUGUUUUUUGUUAUUUUACAUUUUCCUGUUUUUCUUUAACUGGUUUAUUCAUUUCUUCACCAGGUUAAAACUGCCAUUUGUUAAAAUGUUACAAUUCAUGUUAAAAUGUAAAAUAAUGAUGGUUAAAGGAUUUAGACAGAUAGUGGAAUUUCUUGGAAUAUGUUUAACAAGUUUUAAAGAGCAUUUACAUUAUAUAUGGUCCAUUUUGACCAGCAUCCUGUUUUAUUGUGAAAAGCUCAUGAUUGUAAGAGGAAGUGAAUGUGUUUGUGAUCAGUUGCUGAGACAAGCUGUGAGGAAAGUACGAGAUGUUUGUCCAAGUGUGUAAUUCUGUAUGAGCUGGACUAUCUGCUCGUCUUGGUCAGUCGCUGUCUCUGAGAAGCAUCCACCGAGCAGCUGCUCACUCUUGUUUGAGCAUCAAGAGCCUGCACCAUCCUGAACGUGUCCACUGAUGACUCCUUCACUCAACUGUUAUGAUCUAGUGCAUUUCACAAGGCUCCAUACUGUUCCAUUUGACUGUCUCAGCCACAGAUGAUAACUGGAGAUAAACAAAGCUACAGAAAAAUGACCUGGUAGCUCAUAGACAACAUGUCCUCCACCCUCUGGAGACAUCAGAGCCUAUAGAAGCCACGUCUAAUAUGAGUCCAAGUUUGACGUUUAAAAGACGUCCACAAUGACCACAUAGGGACUGUAAAUAGCCGCAUACGGAGGUGCUACGGCCGUGAACACUAGACGUUCAGUAGACGUCGCCUGGUGUUACAAAACAGCUGCUUCAGUGGACCAAAAUCACCAGGGGUCCAAAAUUUAGAUAUACACGACGUCCCUUUGCACAGCAGGGUAACCUGGAAAAGCUGUAACUAACCCUUUAAUUCAUGUGUCGAAAUCAAGAUUUGUCACCACCAAAAUGAAAAGUUCUUUAAAGUUUUGUAAACGUCUUGAUCAAAUGAAUUUUCUGAUCUUGUAAUCUGACAAAUGUAAUUCUGAGUAAGUGUAACAGGAGGAAGACGAGGCUGCACAGAGAUGUGAUUUUUCCAAGGAAAAGGACGACUGCAAAUACUCAUCGGUGCGACUGGACUUUAAAUAUUCCAAAGAAGUAUUAGGGACACAUUAAGAAAAAAAUAUUGUCAAUCAUUUUGAGAAAAAAGUUGAAAGUGUAUUUCAAGAAAACAAGUGUUUCUAUUACUUUGUGGUAAUAUAUUGAUUCCAGAGGGAACGUUGUACAUGUUCUAAAGAACAAAGCUUCAAAUGUUGGAUUAAAGUCACACUUUGACAUCAGUCACAGUCAGGUACCGUCUGAGAUCACUGAUAUUUUUUUGAUGCACACUCUGAAGUUUAUCACAUUAUUAUAGAUGAUUAUCACCAUCAUCAUCAUCAAUCACAGCAUCUGAUCGAUAACUGAUCAGGAGCUGAUCGGUGCUUAAUUAUUUUUAAACCGUCUGUGACUAUGAAUGUGAAACUGUAAAUUUAUAUUAAAUUUGUUUAACUAAGCAAAUAAAACAAUGCUGAUGGUUACAAAAUAGUCACCAGUAUGUUAUUCUUCACACAGGCUGCUUUUCUGUAACCAAAGCAACCGUACUCUAACAAAGUAACUGUCACUGUAGUAUUUAACUUACAAUAUAAAGUGCCUUGAAGCGACUGCUGUUGUGAUGUGGCAUCAUAUAUAUAUCUACAUAUAUGUAUGUAGUGAACUACAAACUAAUAACCACAGUUUCCCUACAUAUUCAUAUGCAAGUAUGAAUAUGUACGCAUUCAUACACGCUGAUAUAUUCAUAAAGAAAUGAAAAGCAUUACAUUUGAAACUAUUAUUGACCAAACAGCUGUUUAAUUUCAUAAUAAUUAAAACAUAAAAAAGUUGUAAUUAAAAUAAAGGUUUAAUAUUUUACAGAAUGCCAAUGUAGAUUACACAAAGCUGUACAGGACAUGAACAAACAUGGCUGCUGCCUGACUGUGACGGUUACAGAUCUCUGCAGCGAUGAGCGGCCUCACACUUUGCGUUUUGGCAGCUCAGCCUGGUAAACACAUUUCCCAUCUGUCUGCAUGUAACUGACUGUCAUCUGACGCUCA